GUCUACUAGUACUAGUACUACUAACACUAACAGAUGGUGGCGCCGAAUGUUGAACUACUGAACUAGUCAUUGACAGCAGUGCAUACAUACUAAAUGAUACUUUCAAAUUCCAUGCCAGUGCAGUGAGUGAGACAGUGUUACUACUGCAUGAAGUGAGUGAGCGCCCAUUCGCACGAUGACGAAACUCAAGCAAUGGCUGCUAGGUUUGUCGUUGCUGGUUAGCAUCUGGGCAAGCAUGGUGACAAAUCUAUUUCAUCUGCCACGUGCCUUCAGACAAAUCGUGUGGGCGCUUCCAGUGUAUAUGAUCAUUGUUUUCGGGUGCAUCUCCCUCGCUAUAAUCGGCUUUAGAGUGGCGACCUUCAAUGACUGCGAGGACGCGGCGGACGAACUCAAACAGCAAAUCGAAGAAGCUAAGACCGACCUCAAGCGAAAAGGCAUGAAGUUCUCAUAGCAGACAAUCAAAUCCGACUGUCAGCGAUAAUCCCGGAGAAAAAGAGGUGAAUUAAAGAGGGGAAUCUUCCCGGAAAAUUGAACCCUCGGCCUGCGAGUGUCGGGGACAAAAAGGUGAGGGAAUCAUCCCCGACUUCCUGCAAAUCACACAGCGCGAUGGGAAUCUUCAGCGAGGAAGUCGAGGAUGCUCUCAGGAAGGACUGGGACGUAGAGGGCGCCCCCGAGCGGCGGGACCGGCUCGCCGCCCUGAUCGGGGUGCUGGCGACGCCGCCC